GACUGCCCGGUUACUCCAUUGUGGGCAGGAUAUGAGGCUCGCCUUCUGUGGCCAUGGCAAACGUCAGGGUAGCUCUGCGGGUCCGACCGCUCAGCAAGAGAGAGGAUGCAGAAGGAGCAAGAAUCAUUUUGAAUGUUGAUGAAAAUGUUGUGAGAAUUCGAAAUGUGAAGGAUGGCUGCGGAGAUACCAAGGAACGACUCAUGGAGUUUGGUUUCGACUAUUGCUAUUGGUCUGUUGAUGUUGCUGACCCAAAGUAUGCAUCUCAGGAAGUGGUUUACCAAGACCUCGGUACCUCAGUUCUGUCUGAAGCUAUUAAGGGAUAUAAUGUCUGCCUUUUUGCUUACGGACAGACCGGUUCAGGAAAAACAUACACCAUGAUGGGCACUCCGACAUCUGUUGGAUUAACUCCUCGUAUCUGCGAGGGACUUUUUUCUUGUGAUGAUGGCUCUCCCGGAAGCCCGUCGUCAUGCAGGAUUGAAGUGAGCUUUCUGGAAAUAUAUAAUGAGCGUGUCAGAGAUCUGUUGAACCAGUCAGUCCAGAAGAAACCAUACACGUUGCGUGUCAGAGAGCAUCCAGAAAAAGGUCCCUAUGUACAAGGGUUGUCUCAGCAUGUAGUCACAAACUAUGAACAGGUUGUAGCUCUGCUGGAGGAAGGAAUGGGAAACAGAAUUACAGCAGCCACUCAUAUCCAUGAGGCCAGCAGCCGAUCCCACGCUAUCUUUACCAUCCAGUACACGCAGGCCAUGCUAGAAGAUAACUUGCCGACAGAAAUAGCUAGCAAAAUUAACUUGGUGGAUCUGGCUGGCAGUGAGAGAGCUUCUCCUAAUUACUGUAAAGAUCGAUUAACAGAAGGCUCUAACAUCAACAGGUCCCUGGUCACACUUGGAAUUGUUAUCUCUGCAUUAGCCCAGAAUUCUCAAAUGACCAGUAGUUGCCAAAGCAUCAAUAGCAUUACCAGUGAUUGGGACAGUGGCAUCCUAGGUAGUCCAAUUGGAGGUGGUACCAGUGGAUCAAAGCGACAACCGUAUAUACCCUACAGAGACUCCAUCCUGACCUGGCUUUUAAAGGAUAGUCUAGGAGGCAACUCAAAAACAGUCAUGAUCACUACUGUGUCCCCAGCAAGUAGUAGCUACAACGAGACCAUGAGUACUUUGCGAUAUGCUUCCAAUGCGAAAAACAUCAUCAAUAAACCUCGGGUUAAUGAGGAUGCCAAUGUUAAACUGAUUCGUGAGCUCAGAGAGGAAAUUAACAGGCUAAAACUCGUGUUAAGGAGCUUUGAAAUGAGGACCAGCAGCCCUUCACUCAGUGAUGAAAAAGAAGGAAAUUUAGCAGAACUGGUACGCCAAAAUGAACUGAAGAUUGAGCAACUCACCAAAGAUUGGACAGAUAAGUGGACCGAUAAGAAAGCUAUUAUGGAGCAGUGCAAAGUGGAUAUAAACAGGGGCAAAGCCGGGGUCACCAUUGAUUUCAGUCUGCCUCAUUUAAUAGCCAUGGAAGAUGAUAUCCUAAGCACUGGAGUAGUGAUUUAUCAUCUCAGGGAGGGCACCACUAAAAUUGGCAGGAACGAUUCAGAGCACGAUCAUGAUAUUGUAUUGCUCGGAGAGUGGAUGGAAAAGGAACACUGUGUAAUCAGUAAUAACUCAGGAGUCGUAGAGCUAUGUCCUGUGCCGGGAGCACCCUGCACUGUCAAUGGACUAGAAGUUACAGAAGCCUGUCGCUUGUCACAAGGGGCUGUCAUUGUUUUGGGAAAGACACAUCGGUUUAGGUUUAAUCACCCAGCAGAAGCUGCCAUCCUGCGGCAACGACGAUCUGACAGCCACGCAUCUUUCAUAAGCAGUGGCUCUCUGGACUGGCUGGAUCUGUCUGGAGAUUUUUCUGAGGCAAAUCAACUCAAUUUCAAUGAAAGCAGAGGGACUGAGUCGCUGAAUGAGGAAAACCAGCAGAAACUGGAAAACCUUAAAGCGUUUUACCAACAGCAGGUGGAGGAGCAGCAGCGCUAUGUGCAGGAAUUAAAGAAACAGAUUGAAGCUUCCCAAAUCAAGGGUGAAAAAGAAUUAGAACAUGAACAAUCUGUAAUCAACCAAUUAAUGAAAGAGAACGAGCAGUGUCUCGCAAAAGAAGAGCACCGUUGGACUGCUGUUCAUCAGCAUAGAAGGGAGUCUGCUGCUCAGACAGAGCCCAAAACGUAUGCAGAGGUCCAGAAUAGUGUGCAGACAGAGGACAUCAAUCCUUCUCCCGCCGAACAAGACAGAAAGAGGCUGGUUCAGUUGGAACUGCUACAAAAAUGUUCUCUAAGAAAAGCAGAAAGGAACAUCAGAAGAAACAAGGUAAAAUUUCAUCUUGAGCGGAUUGCCAAAAAGCAAAACCUUUUACAAGCCAAGAAAAAUCUCCAACAGCUACAGGCUGUAUGUUGGAUCAGUGAAGACAUUGUCAAACAGACCUGUCCUCGUGUUUCAAAUGCACACAAAUCCACAGAGAAAUCUACAACACUUAGAAGGAGCAGAUCUUCACCCUCUGGAUUUGCAUACUGUAGGAGAUGGACGUUACCCUAUUUUAUGCCGCCGCGUCCUCCUGUUAGUGGUCUCCUAAAAAGAAAAGGCAGGUACGAAACAAUAACCAGUUCAGAAUUCAAGCCAAGAAGAUCAUUUUCUGAAGAAUGUCUGCUAAAGGCCUCUUGUAAUUGUUCAAAAAAUGGUAAUUUGGAAUACAAAGAGACUAGUGUAGCAAGGACAAAGGCACAGUUUGCAGAAAAGCGCACCUUUGGGUCGGUUACAAACCUUAAUAAAACAGGCAUAUGCUGUAGCACUACUGUUUUAAUUAGCGAUCCCCAAAUGACCAAAAAGCGGCCAAAAAUGGACAAAGCUGGCAACAGAUCAAAGGGGGUCCCCAACACCCGCCCUGUAGAAUCUCCAAAGAAAAGAAGUGCACGGGUGCCUGUGAGUACAGCAAUCAGGGACCCCAAACCAAAAUCAUUUAAAAGCCCUUCCCAGCAGGCUGUUGGGGGCUUUAAAAAGAGAGCUGUACUAGAGAGGAGUAAAAUACUCCAGAAAAACGAAGGAACCAAAUCUGUAGAAAAAUUCACCAAGCAUGCCAAAAACCCAUCUACUGUUGUUAGAGUGCCUACUGAACAUCCAUCGCUUGCUGUUAAAGCUGUGAAACAAGAAUUAGAUUCCUCGUUAGCAAUUGCACAGAAGAAAUCUGGUAAUGAGGUUGCAAAGAUAUCAUCAUCCGCUGAUAACAUUAAUCAAUUAAGUAGUUCCUUUCCUAUUGAUACAAGGUGUAAGAGCACAGAAAGAACAAAUAGCAGAGUGUUAAAGCCUGCCACAGGGUUAUUGGAAAAUUGGAGAGAAGGCGACGAAAGUGCCUCCUCGGACAGUGAAAGCUUUUAUUCUAUUGACUCCCUUUCAUCUGCAUAUGCCAGUGCCUUGAAUGAACAAUUAAAGAUAGAGGAGCAGGAGGUAAAUAAAACCCAAAGUGACCAAAAAAACUCUGACAGUGAGGACAGCCAGAUUUCCCAGGACUCCUUGAUGGAAAGAGAAAAUCGGAAGGAGAGACUUAAUAAACGAAAGUUUUUUAAAUGCAAGACUAUUUUAAAUCCAUGUAGUUCUUCCCAACCUUUGGCAGUGGCUCAAAAUACAGAGCCUAUAGUUUUGGCUGGUUCCAUCACCAGUGGACUUUCUAAAUGCUUUUCUCUGGAUAGUUUGGCAGAUGCAGAUGAAUUAUCUGAGACGGAUUCAGCUAAAGAAUUGCCUGCAGAGAUCUUCUGGAAGCUUCAAAGUCCCAGGUUUCCAAUGCCACAUUCACAAAAUCAGAGGGAUGUUGAUACCACACAAGAAAGCAAGAAGUCUACUAUGGAGAUAAAUGGAUCAUUUUACCUUAACGUGAAUCAGGGGGUGUCUUCCAACUACUGUGAUCCACCUUUAGUUAAAAGCUUUGACGUUUACAAUAGGACACCAGCCAAUGUUUAUGAUGUAAAAGAAGUACAGUCAGAUAGCAACAUGCCCCCUCUUUCUGACAUCUGCUCUGCAUGCAAGUCAGAAGACCAGAGUCCCACAUUUGAAAUGGUCGUUAAUGAUGUUGGUGGGGAUUCUAACCAUCUUGUGCCUUCUUUACAUUCUUGUCCAAAACCUUUUGUCCAGGUUAUAAAUGAGGAUUCCAACCAAUUACUUUUACAGCCAUUAUUUUCUCAAUGUUCAAAAAGUUUACCGCCAUUACAUGAGACAGUUUCACUUGCAAUUAAGGAUGACCACGGUAGCAUGGAAUUAGUUGAAAACCAUAAUCAUGACCUGGAAAAUCUAGAUGAGAACAUAGAACCUCAAACAACACAAAACUGUAUCAGUAUAAUUACUAAUAAUGCUGUUAAUUGUGAUUUUAAAGAGGUGCAGAACCAAAGUACAAAAAAACUGUCUUCUAUAAUCUUAGAUGGACAUCUUUCAAACAAUCAAGCAGAACCUGCAAGUAUUGAGCAAAAGUCGCUUAAAAACAGCAAUGGCGUUGCCAGUGAUUUUAUAAACAAAGCAGAUAAGAAAAGGCAUACCUCAAUAGGCAUAGAGCAGUUGGAGAUGAUUGUAGAAGGUCAGCCAACGUGUGGUGAGCACACAGAUUUUAGUAUAGUAAAGGAAAAUAAAAAAGAGCUAAUUGAAACACUGAUAUCAAAACCAUGUGAAGAAAUCCUCCCCAAAACAUCGACCUUUAACACCAAGAUUAUAAACUAUCACAAAGAUCUGAACCAAAAUGUUUGUCAUGUACUCUCCUGUAGUGAGUCUUCUGAUAUCACCCCGCUUGAUAAAAAAGAAAACGGUGAAAGGUUUCCUGUAGCUCAAACACAAGGAAAUUAUGAAAAAUCCUACUGCAGUGAUAAUACUUCUGGAAGAGCCAUUGAUCAAAAUAUCAAACAUGUUGCAAACAUCAACAAUCAAAAACAGUUUGAAAUGACUGCACAGUGUACUGUUACAAGCUCACAGAUGCAGGAUUGUCAAAGUGUUAAGAAACAUCUGUUUGGAAUUCAGAAACUGACCAACAAUGAAACGGGAACAACGGAAAAUAGGAAUGCAGAUGAUUGCUCAGUUGCUGAUAUGCUUGUAACAUCAACACUUCUGCACCAACCUGUAAUGUCUGAUAUUGAGCUACGAGAAAACAGUUACAAUUUACCAAAAUCACUUUGCCGUUCCAGAACAGAGAGUGAUGCAGAUUCUGGUGGAUCUCAAGACUUUAUAAAUCUUAAUUCAGAUAGCUUAGUUCGAAUACAGAAACAGAGCGAACACGGAACUAGGCCUAACAACGACAUCUGUUUGGUUGUUGAUACUGGAGCAGAUAUGUGCAAUAAUCUAUCUUCUACAAAAGAAGAUACAGCCACUGUAGAGCUUACUGAUCUGAAUAAUCCUGUUGCCUCACAUUCUCCUACAAACGCAUCCUUCCUGCAUGCAUUGGGCAGUGGUAGUUUUGACAACUGUGCUUUUUCUACAUUGGAUGUGUCUUUGGCAGAACAAACUGUUGAGGUGAUGGAAACACCUCUUAAGGGAGAUGAGCCAUAUAGUCUGAUACCCAAUACAUCACAUACAACAAUAGUGGAGGACACAUGCAGCAUCACAGUACCUGCAGAUAAUGAUAUCGGCUCUGUACUCCCCACCGCAUCACUUGAUGAAACUAAUACUGAAUUGGACUCUGUCUGUGCUAAUCUCGAAAGUUGUCAUGUUGAGCAUGAUGUGGAAGAAACUACUUUUCUCGUGUCUAAUGCACUUUUCUCACAUAAGAGCAAACUAGAUGUUGUUCUCCCACCACCUUAUAGCACAGAUCAAGAUACUGUGCAAACACAACAAAAGUAUUUAGGAGUUGAUGCUGAAGAAUCAGAUGAUGGAGCUGGCACUAUAAAUGACACCCAGGGAAUGAAUAAAGUUAUUUAUAGAAAAGCAAAUCUGUUGCAGGAUAAUUGCCGAGAAAUAGUAUUGUUUACCAGUCAUGAACAUGCAGUCGAGACUUCACUUAUCCAAACCAGUGGCCACCAUCAUGAAGGAAUUCCUACUACUCUGAAUCACUCAGAAUCCCAGCCAUUAAGUGAACAAAACCAUAUUUCAAGACCUAAGUGCAUUUGUGUUUCAGAUACAGAUGAGAACAAAAAUGAGAUCUCACAGUUUUCAAAUCAAAGGAGCGAUGAUGCCACACUUGGUUUUAGUACAUAUGAUAAUCACAAUCCAAACGAUUUAAAUGUAGACAUUUUAGAAUAUGGCUACAAAACAGGCAACAGUCCACAAACAACUACAGAUAGUGGGGUGCUAUGUGGGCAAGCCCACAUGCCUAAAAGCCGUAACAGUGGGAACCAUUUCCUCAUCUUGACUCCUAUGAGUCAAGAUGAGGAAAUGGUUCCCAGUGAGAACUCAACCAGCAGUCAUGGCAAUUUUAAAAUGUCUGAAAGGCUAAAAGAGCCUUCCCUAGAGGUGGUGGACAAACCAAAGCAGAUCAACGUAUCCAAUGAUAAUUCUGUAAUACAGACAGAUGCCUGUAGCGAACAUUGUUCUGAUCCUGCCUUCUUAAACAAUGUGGCAGCUGGUAAGAUCCACACACAGUCACCUAUAUGUUCAGACUUUAAUGAUAGUCAGUCUGUGGAAAUGGACAAUAUUCAGGAUCAUGAUAGAAGAUGUCAGAAAAUAAUAAAUGAGGGAGGUGCAGAAACAAAGCAUUACUCUGGACACAGUUGCAGCACAGCAUGCUGUAGCUCCAAUAAACAGCCGCAUGAAUGUUCAUUGAACCCUGCUUUAACAACACCCACCAUUGCUAUAAAGUGUGAUCAUGGUCAUCCAUCUGUUAUUCCUGCUCAUUCCUUCCAAACUCUACUUAUGGAGUGCACACGUUUAAAUGGUGCUGAAGCUGAUAUUAGCAGUCCUAGAUUAAAUGAAAAUAAAGGUGUAAGCACAGAACCAACUCAUCUAGGUGAACCACGUGCAGUAAAACCACACAACUACGUACCAAGUAUAAUUGCUUACCAAACCACUGUUAUUCCUCAGUGCAUCCCUACCCAACAGGAAAACGUAGAUGACAAAAUAUAUGUAGCAAGCAAAGAACAACCUAAAAAGAAAUGCAAUGUAAUUCAAGAAUUGCAACACGAGACAGACAUAUUACGUGAAACCUCUGCAGAUAAUAAAGAAAUGUUAAACUUUUCUUCAAGUGAUAUUAACCCCUUUGUUCACCCUUGGCAGUCGGAGAAGUGUGGCAAUGUGAGGUGGAGGCAAUAUGCGUUCAACAGUGCCAGCGAUUUGUCUUGCACAAGGUACCCAGCCAGACAGGGGGAUGAUAGAAUUCUACGAUGUUCCAGUGUUGAUGAAGGGCUAAAUGCAAAUAAUUCACCAUUCCAAUGUCACUUAAGUUCAUAUGCAAAUGCUAGACUGAUGUCCAGUACGUUAAGUAGUAUUGAUGACCCACAAACAGCGGAAGAGCCAACACGUAUGCUAGAAGAUCAUCAGUAUUAUUAUAAUUACCUUCUAUCUGCUGAUAGUAUUGAGCUAAGCAAAAAGAAUGAUGGCAGCAGCGAUGGGUUAAAUCCGAAAUCUGAAAACAGCUCUGGACUGGUGGAUGAAAUUAUGCUUCUAUAUACAUCAGAGUCGGAAACGUACAAUGAAAAUGAUGCAAGAAUACAUUGUGAAAAGGAAACACAGACAAAAGAAAGGCACAGGAGACAAAAUAGACACCAGCGAAGUUAUACAGACGUAUCACACAUCAAACUGUCAAAGACCAGGAAUGAAUAUCCACGGCGAGCAUCGUUGUCAAGCAUGCAGAACAUGUCCCUUCACUUAUCCCAACUCUUGCAUGAGACAUCUGAACUACUUGGGAAUCUGUCUCAACAUCAAGCUGAUUUCCACGCUGAUCCCAGAGGAUCAGCUGUAGAUAUUUGUCAAAGGACAUUGAGAGACUCUUCUACUCAGACAACUGUUGACAUAGGUAUCCAGACAGAUUUGGAAAGGACAAAAAAGGGCAGGGAGGGUAACAGGCUAUUAAACACCUCCGAAAUUAAUAUUUAUGUUAAGGUAAUAGGGUCCGACUCAUUGACUCAGCCGACAGAAAACAUUACGUCGUCUGUAAAAUUGGAUAAUCAUGUUGUUCCAAAAACCCAGAGCCUACCAAACCUUCAUGAUUUCGCUUCUUGUGAAAAACCCCAGGGACGCUUGUUUCAGUCAGCCCAUGUAAGAGCAUCAACCCCUUUCUUAAACAGCUUGAAAGAUAUGUCCUCUCAGACAUCGUUUUCACCAUCUGCAAGAAGCUGUGGUGCUCCAGCCAUGCUGCAUAUCAAGAAAGAGCCGAUCCCAGAAAUUAGUAGUAGCUCGGCAUCCAGCGCCAUACAAGCUCCAGUUUACCAGCCUAGAAAAAAGCCAAACCUAAACAAACAGAAUCAAAAGUUGAUAUGCCAAGGAGACACAAUAAUGGUUGACAGAGCCUCAUCGCCAAUCUUAACACUAAGCGCAAGUAAAAAGCCCCUAAAUAAAAUCGUGCCACAACAUGAUUUUACCAGUCAAAAUAUUCUGAAAUUCUUUCGACAUCAAAGGAAGAAGCAUCACAGCACUUCUGAGCCACAAAUAAAUAAUUCUUCUCAAACAGAAACAGACAGUGAAUGUGGCAGCUUUGAAGGUAGCGUGGGGGCAGUCAAUAAAUCUGAACACAGGCAGUCAACUUGCAGAAGAAUUUCAGAAGGUAAGAAACCAGUACAUAGGUUUGGAAGUGAAGCCUGCCUUAUAAAAGAAGCAUACCCCUUAGAUUGUAACCGGUCGAGGAGUAUAUCAGAGGUAUCCGGUAUCGGGAGACUAUCUAAUGACAUGAAGUGUUUCAGUCUCAGAAGACGUGAUAAAGCCGAUGGCACAUCUGCAACUGCUUUAAAUUCGCAUCAUCACAAUGUGCAUUCACCUUCGUGGGAGAAGGAAAUCCUCUCACGCAAUUUAGUGAAAGAGAAUACUAGCCAAAUGCCGGGAAUUCCAGACAAAAAGCUUUGUAAUGACACUGACAAUCAAAAUAGUUUCACCCCAUCUUUUAACGAUUCAUUUUUCAAAAAUGUCAGCCACCCGAUUUCAGUUUCAGAAGUCGGGGGAAUUGACCUACAUAAGGACGUGGAAUCGGUUGUGGAAAGUGAAUGCAAUACAGAAGUUCUUUUAAAUCAGGAUUCUUCUAGUAGAGUGAGCCAGAAAACAUAUAAUUACACUUUACAGGAGCUACCCAUGCACAAUAAAUUCAGGAACUGGCCUGGAGUCCAGUAUAGUCCCACUAGAACAGGGAGCUUGAUAAGAAGCUCUGCAGAGUACAGUGUAACAGCAAGUCCAACAAAGACUGAGACUUCUGAGGCAUGUGAAAACAGGACUAAGGAAAUAGAGAGGUUGCAGAAGGAGCGAGCAGAGAUUAUGUCUGGGAUUCAUCUGGAACUCAACCAGCAGCCUCUCACUGUCCAGCUCGCAGAAGCAAAGCUCAGCUAUGGUAUUGGAGAAACGGAUGCCCUCCUGAGAGUUAUUCAGAAUGGGAAGUUGGAUGGUCAAGAUACAAUUUCUAUAAAAGAGCAAUUAUACGACAGACACAUGAAAGUGAUUGAAAGUCUGCGUAAGGAAAGAGAGGAGAGACUGCAGAGUUUUAGAAGAAGUCGCAGCCUCAGUCCCCAGAAACAGCUGAGCACGUCUCAAGCGUCACUGGCUUCCCUGCGGGAGUCUGACCUGCCAAGCCGGCGCAGAGAAUACUUACAGCAACUGCGAAAGGAGGUCGUGGAUAAUACCAGGAUCCAAAAAUCAAAGAAGCCGGUUCAGUGUCCCUCAGAGAUUGAGAUGAUGCUGAGAGAUUAUCAAAAGGCCCGUGAAGAGGCCAAGACAGAAAUUGCCAGGGCAAGAGACAAACUUCGGGAAAGAGCAGAACAAGAAAAGAAGAGAAUACAACAAAGUGGCAAACCAAAGGAUGACCUCAAACUGAAGACACUUCUGAGCACUAGCACUUUAUUAAGCAAUUCCAGCAUCAGUUUGUCUUCAGGUCCAACAUCUGGAUAUAACAGUAGCAUCCCUGCUAACUACGACAAACACGGCCAACUAGGCGAUCGGGAGACUUCUCCAAGGAGCAUGGACCACCCCACUGUGUCAACAAGAGGUCGUUCAUCUUUAAGGAACAGUCAUCAUCUUCCAGAUUUCGAGAAUGCCUCCAAGUCAAAAACUGCUGAUGCUGACUUAAUAGCUACUGGCAAAACAUGUCCUGGAUAUAUUCCGUACACCUCUUCCCCACCAUCAUCCAUUGUGUCCUAUCAGGAGUUUGCCAGGCUGGUCCAAGUUAAUGCUACAUCGGAGGUUAUGGCUGCAUGCUCCUCCAACCUAAUGAAUCUGUUUAAUUACCAGGCAGCGUCUGGCUGGAGAUAUCAAUGUAUGGAUAGAGAUGUACUUGUGUAUUACAAAGCAUUCCUGUCUGCCACAAAACAUGGCUUUCUCGGUGUUGGCAUCAUUAAGCGCCCCCUCCAUGAUGUAUGGUGCAUGGUGAAGGACAUUGGCACCCGGCGGCUCUAUGAUCAGUCCAUCUUAUCUGCUCAGGUGCAUCAGAGAGCCAGCAGCGGAAUCCAGCUUGUGCACGUAGUGAACAAUAUGUCGCUCUGCUACCUGAAGCAACCAAGGGAUUUCUGCUGCAUUGCUGUGGAGUCCAAAGAGGACAAUACUUACAGCUUGUGCUUUCAGUCCUUGUAUGAUGAGAGCAUGCCUCGCCCAAGUAACGAUACAGUAAGAGGCGAGAUCUUACCCAGUGCGUGGGUCCUACAGGCUGACUGUAUCAAUGGAGAGACUGUUACAAGAGUCAUUUACAUGGUCCAGGUUGACCUCGGAGCUCCCACCAUCCCUUCCAGGCUUCUUAGUGUUGCUGCCAAGCGUCAGCCUCUGGUCAUAGCAAGUCUGGCAAAAUUUCUUUCCAAGUAACGCACUACUUCUGGGUUGGCUUUAUCAUAACACAAAGCAGACAUAUGGCAAGCAUGUCACCACGUGACCAGCAAUGGCAAAUGGGAAUUCAACCUUAACUGCCAAACACAAUUACCAACGCAAGAGACACUGUUCGACCCUAUGAAGAAGGUUACAAUGGCAGCUAUUUGUAAAAUCUGAAUACGAAAUCCAGACAAUCAUUUAAUUAAUCCUUGUGAAGCAAUGAUCACAAGUAAAUUACUUUGCACAAAGCAUAGCAGGAGGUAGGCAACACUAACACACGUUACAAUAUAUUACAAAAGGAAGGGGGAUGUUUUAUGUUCCACAGACUUGUGCAAUGGCGCGAGAACAAAAGGUAACAGC